AUGGAUCCCGCGACGGUGAUCGGACUGAUAUCCGGUUGCCUGUCAAUCGCAACCACGACUGUGAAUACAAUCAAGUCGCUGAGUGGUCUGAAGGAGCAAUAUGCGAGAAUUGAGCAAGACAUGAGCCUUCUUUCCGGCCGGAUCAACACCAUAUGUGCCGCUUUGUACAAUAUUGACAAAUGGGCCCGCAAAAGUCAGGCAAAAGACAUAAUAGCAUCACCAACAGGACCAUGCCUCGAAAGCUCCAUACAAUCCUGCAUGAUUGUCAUAUCUGGCGUCGAAGAGCAUGCCCAAGCUGUCAGCAGCUUGAAAGUCAGGGACAAGAUCAGGCAUCUCUGGAACAAAGAUACUCUUACCGAGUUGAGCCAGAGCCUUGACUGUCAAAUCAAUGCUCUACAGCUAUUGGUAUCGACCAUUAAUUUGUCUUCGCCUUCCCAGCAAAGAACCCAGCUCGAGAGCAUGGUCAAUCGAAAAAUUCUUGAGCGAGCCCGAGAUGCUGCUACAAUAUACGUAAAAAGGAAAGUAUCUACUACCGAUAGUAGCAACCUCGAUACGCCAUCCCAACCCCUACCACAAAGUGUGAGCAGACUGUCUCUCCAAUCUACUAUUGUAGACGAUCUGGACGAUUACAAGCUCGAGGUCUCGUUUGAAAGAGAUUCUGACUGUGUAUUACACACGAAAUUUGUUUCCGAUCGGGCUCGGGGCAUUCGAAGAGUACCAGUCGUCCAAAAAUGGCGGCCGCAGAAACCUCCUUUAGGGGCGGGUAUGUUUGGAUCCGUACGGUUAGAGAUCUGCUCGGACUCGAUCGAAAAGCCUGAACAGCGAGCGGUGAAGAAGUUGCAAAAGAUGCAUUUGGACCGUCUGAAGAUUGAUUUCAGAAAGGAACUGAUUGCUCUGACAAAGUUCUCCAGGCGAAAGUUCUCACAAUGUGAGAUAUUCGUCGACUUCCUUGGAUGGUUCGAAGACGACGAUAAUGUUUUCCUGGCUAUGGAGUACUUCCCUUUGGGCACGCUUCAUGAUCAUAUCAAUGAAGAAAUACUGGAACAUGAUGUCAAGAUCAUCUCGGCACAGCUUUUGGAAGGUCUUACCAUCAUGCAUAAAGAGUGCUUCACUCAUAGAGAUCUCAAACCUCAGAAUAUUUUUGUUGUCCAAAGGCUGCCUGAAUACUGGAUCAAGAUUGGUGAUUUCGGCAUUUCAAAACGCGUAUCUAACGACGAGACUUAUCUCCACACGGCUACAGGUACUCCGCAUUACCUUGCACCAGAGAUAUCUAAUGCCAUAGAGCUUGAUGACGAUAGUAGCGAUGAGGAAGAAACGCAAUCGUACACAAAUGCGGUUGAUGUAUGGUCCUUUGCUUGCGUUAUUUAUCAGCUCCUUGCUCUAAAAGUUCCGUUUCCCAAGCGACGUGACCUUGUACGGUUUUGCCGGGGCGGAAAGUUUCCAGAGCCAGCUUUAAUGACUCGAACAAGUGAUGAAGGCAUAGCAUUCGUCAAGUCUGUUCUGGUCCCAGACCCGUCACUUAGACCGAGUGCUGAAGUAUCCUUACGAUCAGAGUGGUUGAAAGUUGAAAGUAAGGCGCGGAAACAAUCACUAAAUUCAAGUCAGCUCUUGGAUGUGGCAAGAGCUCUUGACCCGUCGGAAUCAACACUGCCUGACGAUUCUUCCUCGGUAAAUCCUAAUAUUGAUAUUCAAGACGAAGCUUCAACGAAACUUAGCAACAACCAGCCUAAAAGAAUCGGGCCAUUUAAGACUGCUAGGCGUAUUUCUGGUGUAAAGGUAAAAGCGGAGCCGGCCUUUAAAUCCACUCCCGAAUCAGGACCACUUGAAGGCACAUUUGAGGCACCGAAUAAGAAUCUUGGUCCUACGAAAUCUUCGCCGCAAAAGUUCGAUGUCAAUACUCCCCUUUAUGGCCAAUUCAAACGCUCAACAUCAGUCGCCGAUCCCGAUGCAACAAUUGUACCGUACCAGCAAGCCACCGUGGCACAAGAACUUCCGGGCAGUGCAUCUACCAAUGCAGUAUGGGAAAGCUACGUCAAUCUAAUGACGAGACCUCCUCUCGGAACAGUUGUGAAUGCCAAAGCUCUCGAGGAUAAAACGAAACCAAUCCCCAAGUCCGAACCUUCGUCACGUCAGGUUUUGAAAAACAACAAAUCGUCCCAAGAGGGUUUCAAGCCUAACCACACUGAGAUCUCAAAGGUCGCGCCGCUUUCUCGUAAAGAGUUGGAGCUCAAGGGGGUUCACAUGAAAUGUAGGAAUGGCAUGGUUGACCUCGUUAGUGAAGCGCUGAAAAGGGGCGUUGAUGUUGAUUCCCUAAAUGCGAGCGGAAACACUCUCUUGAUAAGUGCGAUGCAAUGCGACUCACCAUCCCGCAUAAAUCUGGUAGAUCUACUGAUGGAGAAAGGAGCAGAUCUUGAAGCAAGAGAUAGUGCUGGUCAUACUGCUCUUCUUCUGGCAUGUAGUGGGCGCACACCGGAUUGGGGUUUGGCACUAAUGCUUUUAAAGAGCGACGUGCCUGAGAAACGUUCGGACUGGAGUGCCAGGAACUCGGAUGGUAUGACGGCGCUUCAUUUAGUAGCACGCCAUUCUCGGGAUUACUACUCAAUACCAUUUCUACGACGGCUUCUGGAGGUUGGAGCGGACAUUAACCAAAUCGAUACUGAAAAAUACAGGAAUCGCCCAAUCCAUCACGCUUGUAUGUCUGGAAAUUCGGAUGUUGCGUCAGUACUUAUCAAUGGAGGUUGCAUAAACGAUUCAAACUCAUAUGGCUUGACGCCCCUUCUGCUGGCCGCUAGCGCGGGUUAUGACAGGAUCGUUACCAUAUUGGUCCGCUCGAGACGCGUCUUUGUCGACGUCGAUACAGAAGUCGACGACCGAGGUGCAACUGCUUUGCACCUCGCCGCUGAAUCGGCCCCAGAAGAACGGAACCACUCGGCAACUAUACCCAAACUCCUUGAUUAUGGAUCGAACCCCAAUGCCCGUGAUAAACAUGGCGAGACGCCUAUCUUCUAUGCUCUUCGGGCUGGCAAACAGCGUCAUGCGAAAUGCUUGGUUGAAGCAGGAGCCUUGAUCAACGUAAUUAGUGCUCGAGGAGAGAAGUGUGUUUAUGUUGUCAAUGGGAAUGGAACGUUGGAAAUCGUGAAGACAAGUGGUUAUGUCACUUCUGGGGUGCAGCUGAAGCAACGCAAAGGCGAUACUUAUGAGAAGUCGGAGGAAGAAAGACUUGGCUUAGUUAAAGGAGAUAGUGAUGUUGUGGGAUCUUCUAUACGGUUUUGGACUUGUAAUUAA